UAAAAUUGCAAAACACUAUUUUCAUUUAACAUUUAAUGUGCAAUUUUAUGCUUGUCAGAAAGUUUUUAAACUUCAAAAUUGAUUGAAUGAAAAAGAAGCUUUAACAUACUUACAAGUAAUUUAAGUUUUAAAAGAACGUGUGUGCAAAGUUUUGAGUUCAGUUUUUCUCUUAUAAUACAGAAAAAUCUCAUAGGAAUGAAAAAUAAUUUACUUAGGUAUUGUUGAAGAUCAUGCUAGAAGCAGAUAACCAUAGCAGGACAAUGAUACAGUUAUUACGUGUUCCAUCAAGAUCAGCCAAGCUGAUCGUGAUUUCCUUCUUCAUAAGUCAUCCCCUCUUUGCAAGGCUGCAUGGCAGAGCUCCCAAUAUGUUUCAAAUAACCAAGCAAAUAAUAGACAGUUUAAGCAUGCUUAUUUGAGAUUAAUUUGGCAAAACUUACAAAACAGAUUUGUAAGGACUCUCAUGGGAACUGAAGUGGACAUAAACUGGAAGACAAAUUUGCCCAUGGUGUAGUUGAUUUGGACAAACCAGAAAUGCUUUGCUGGUGAUAAUUUUCUUGAAAUUUCUUUAGUAUAGCGUCCUCCCCUUAUGACCUCACUAAACAGGCUGUAUCUUAGACUGAUGAUAGUGUUGUGAUGAUAGGUUUCUGAUGCAAUAUUUAAAAUAUCCAAGUGUGUUAUGAGGCUUUGUUGUAAUGUGUUCACUGCUGCUGCUGGGUGUGGGUGUGUAUGACUUAGAGGCACCUUGACACUGGCUGUGCAGUAGUGUGAAGACCACAGCUCACAUCCACCUCAGUGCAAGAAUUGUGAUUAUGGUUCAACUUGCCACCACACUUCAUAGGAGCCAUGUUGGUGUAGACAGCAGUGGCUGCCUGUAAGGAAGACUGCUAUCAACCCCCGGGCAGAUGGAGAACUUGGAGCACAUUGUUACAUCAGGAGCCACAGGGGUGACUCAUGUAGCAGCUGUUGGCACUGUGCAGGGUGUAGCUGGUGUGACAGGAGUCCAGGCCUUGAACAACGUGAGUGGUGUAAACACCGUUGGGUCUGUGGCAGGUGUUACUGGGGUUACUGGUUUGGCCUGGUAUAAUUACAGCCCUGAUGGUGUUGGUCAACUCAUCACCAGUGGACCAGCUGUCCAGGUAGAGCUUGGCAGCCCAGAUAUUGCACGCCAGUUUAAUCAGCAAGUUCAGGCUCAGUAUGGCAACCUUCAAGUCCAAGUGCAGGCAGUCACUACUCCAGCACCGGUCACCAAGCCUCCGCCUGCAUCCACACCUGACCCAUUGUUGAUUGUGAAGCAGCCCAAAUCUCGGGUGCGUCAGAGUGGCGGAGAGCGUGUGCCCUGUCCUGAGUGUGGCAAGACUGUGUCCUGCAAUGCCACCUUACGGGACCACCUACGCACCCACACUGGCGAGAGGCCUUUUGUGUGUGGUGAGUGCGGCUUGGCAUUCGCACAGCGCUCCAACCUCCGGAUGCACAAGCGACUUCACACUGGUGAACGGCCAUACAUGUGUGGCAUAUGUGGGAAGACAUUUGCCAGAUCUUCACACUUACCUGCGCACAUGAGAACACAUACUGGCGAGAAGCCGUAUGUCUGUCAGGAGUGCAAUCAUGCCUUCAUUACUGCUCAGCAGCUUAAAAACCACUUCAGAGUGCACACUGGAGAAAAGCCUUGGAAGUGUGAUCUUUGUGAAGCUGCAUUUACACACUCAUCAUCCCUCUCAACGCACAAGAAAAAGCACACAGGGCAGAAGCCUUUCCAAUGCGAGAAGUGUAGCAAGGCAUUCUUCUUUAGUUCAGCUCUGGACAAACACAUGAAAGUGCAUUCCAAGUCACGUCCAUUCAAGUGUGAUUCAUGUGACAAGGCUUUCAAAUACAAAGAAAGCUUGACUGUACACAAGGAAAAGUACUGUGGUAAGGAAGUUUCCAAGAAGCCUAGAGCACCCCGCCGCCCUGAUGCUAAGAAACCAGGGCCCAAACCAGGUAGUGGCAGAAAGUAUGUCCAGAAGAGGAAAGGACGACCUAGGGGACGACCCCGCAAGAGAGGUCGUGGUAAGAGGGGAAGACCAAGGAAGUACUUCAAGCAGGAGGAUUUUGAUGAAGAGGAGGAAGACAUUGAUGGAGAGUUGGAGCCAGAAGAAGUUCCUUUAGAUGAAAUCAGUGAAGAUCAGUCUGAAGAGAUAAUUCCAGAGGCCAUAAUUGACCCACUUAAAAUAGAGAAAAUAGUGGAGGAGACAGAGCUUCAGCAUGAACCACUGGAGCAGCAUGCUGAUGAACUCCAACACCACCAACUGCAGCAUGAGCAUCUGCAGCAUGCCACUCAUGAGAUCCACAUCGAAGACGCAACUGCACUGACUAUCGUUUCUCCUGAAGAAGCAGAACAACAAGCAGCAGCAGCUGGAGGGGUUCAGCUGGUGACUCUUCAUCCUGAAGUCCCUAUUCAAAUAGUGUCCCAUGAUCCCCAGACACAAGUGACCCACCAGCUGAUAACACGGGAUGGUGUGCAGAUGUGGUAUCCCAGGCAGUACUAGUGAGUGCACAGAAUUCAUGUGUUUCAAGGUCGGUAUCAUCUUUACUAUUUUGUGCUCAGUAAAGUUCAUGAGUUGUAUCAUAUUAAAAUGUAAGUGUACAAUUUUUUAUAAGAGAAGUUUUGCUGCUACCAUGUUUAAACUUAUAGUUUUAAUUAUAUUGUUUAUUUUAGAAGUACUGGAAUUCUCUACUUGUAAUUUGGUGCCUGUUAGAAAUUAGACUAUGAAAUAUACUUUUAAAAUGAUAAAGUUGAUUGAUAGGCUUCUAAAAGUAAGCAUUCUUGUGCCAAUGGGUGUUCCUCAAAAUAUGAAAAUAUCACAGUAUCCCAUAAGUGCAAGUUAUUUGAUAACAUUAUUAUUCUUAUUUUAAAAGUUUAUGUUGUAAGUCAUUAAUAUGUUUUACUUUUAAUGAACUAAACUUCCAGUUCAAUAAAUCCUAUACUUUUGUAUUGAAUUAUAAGUUAGUUGAUCUAGAGAGGGUACUCUUCUUGUUAAUUGCUGGUGCUCACACCUUGUAUUAUUAUUAUUGGUUCACAUGCACUUAUUGCUGCUGUGGUGCUCAGUUGCAUCGCACAUAACAAAGCUGAAGUGCACUGUGUGGCAAGUACUACUUUAGAGGCAGUGGCAAGAUGGAAUGUCAGUGUCACCUGAAGAUCAGCUGCCCAACAUUCCUGGCUGAUGACUGGUAUUGGAGCAAAAAUUAAACCGAACAAAAUUAUUCUUUGUUUGUAAAAUAUUUAUGUGCUAACUGAAUUACAAGAUAUGAGAUUGGAACUUCUUCUCACACACAUACACACACACACACACACACGUGCACACACACACACACACACACACACACACACACACACACACACACACACACACACACACACACACACACACUUAUGCUUGUGUUAAAAUUCAGUUCUUGUUUUAAAAAGACAAAAUGUUGCACAACAUUCCUGGUAAAGAGAAUUCUUCAGGUCUUCCACACCAUGAAUCAUUCCAAGGUAGUUGAUUAAUUUUUUGAGGAUCAAGUGAAGUCAUAUUAGUACAGUGGUAGAAUGUAUAUGCCUGUUCUUCAUUCCAUUAUGUGAAAUAAAAGGGUGCAAUUUUAUUCUUGAAUGAUCAGGUGCUUGAAGUAGCAUCACAUCACACUUAAGUGCACCUAAUAAGGAAGUUUGAUAACACUCAAUCAUGUAUGAUUAAUAUGUUUAAAAUGUUAAUGGAAAAGGGUUUUAACAGUAAUCGGCACAUGUAAGGCUAGAAGAUUCCUUUCUCUACCAGGACUGUGGAAGUGCAACCGAGUGUUUAUAUUUCAUGAAAAUCAUAGAAAAUGGCAACAUGUCUGAUAUUUUUUUAGGAAACAGAACACUGAAGUAUUAAUUUUGGGGUUAGUGUUGAAAUGUUUGCCUGAAAACUUACUCCUAGUUAUAAGUUUUCACAUCACCUUUGCUUUUGAGGAGAUUUUACCUGCACCAUAUGAGAAUACAAGGCACAUAAAACUUUCAUCUGUCUGAUCUUAAUUUUCUGUGGUAUUCAAAGAUGCAUGUUAUUGAGUUGGGUAUAAGGUUGUUCUGUCAGAGAAAAUUUUGUUCCAAGGAGAGUAUAGAAGUGUAGCUUAUGUGUGGAUCAGACCUGUGGAUUAUAACCUGAGUAUGAUUAUUGUAGUCAAGCCAUUAUUCAAAUGCUCAUAUAUGCAGUGUGCGUUAGAUUGUGAAAUCCUUAGUGAUGAUUUAUGCAAGGAAAAUCAUGGCUUGUGAAAAUAUUUGAAAUUAUUUGUAAUGAACUUUAAUAUCUAGAUUUCAUUCAAAACUUUAAAAUUAAAAAGAAAAAAGUAGGUGCAAGUAAAUUAAAUAUUAAAUAAGUGACUGGCUAAGAAAUGCACUGGCCUGGAGGAUUAAAGAGAUAUGGUGAAGGUUCAUGUUUUAUUGAUUAAGGCACUGGUGAAGAAAGGGACUGGCAUAGUAGGUCAAAGAAAUUUGAUAGAAGUUCAUGUGUGAUUGAUUAAGACACUUCAUGUUUACAUCUGUCUUAGUUAUUACAGGAAUGUGUAAUCCUGACCACUAAUUCAAAUUCUCAGGAUUGUAUCCAGUGUAAUUAAGGAAUUUUUAAACAUAACUAAAAGGAGUUCUCCCAAGCAAUUAAUUUCAGGGGAACAGUUAAUACGUACUUUAUAUUGUAAUAUAUAUAAGUACUGUGUAUGAUGUAUUAAUAUUGCCUGUGACAUUUACUUUAAUGCAAGAGAAAGUAUUAUGAUAUUUUAUUUGAUAAAAUUUCAUUAUGAAAAGAAAUGUGAAUAUUUUUUUGUAUGUUUCAAAUGGUGAGUUGUCACACAAUUUCUGUCCCAGGACAAAGGGCAACAAACACUUGAGUCAGAUCACCUCCAGAUUUUGUUAAUGUUUUCUGUAUCAUCUUAAUUUAGCAGCAGAGUGCAAUCAUCUUUCAUUUUAUGUAGCAAUUAACUGCAGUGUUUUGCAGAGAAUUCCACCAUUUGUAUUAUUUUCUCAAAAAUAUUUGCAGAAUCACAUGCUUAAAUUUAAACCAGGCAAGAACAGAUGGGGUUCACAUAGUAUGUUAGAGUAUGCACCACAGCCCUCAGAGAAAUAUCGUACUGUUGUACAUAUCCAACACAGUGGCAUGGCUGUAGGGUCUUUAGUGGGCGGAGAAAGAGAUAUAAGGGGGAGGGAAUAUAACUACCACUGAUGGACAGUAUUAAGAUUAAGCAGUUGCACAACUAUAUAAAGUUUUUAAAGAGAGAAAUUAUGGACAAUUGCUGUGGCUUACAUUAUGUUUUCUUAUUUUUGGGUAUUAGAUUAUUUCAUAUGAACUCAUUGACAUUAUAUUUACUUAAAACAUGAGGUGUGCUCCUCAAAGGUUUACUGCUGGUGGGGUUGGAUUACUGACUGUCCGUUGUACUAGAUCAUUACUGCUGUAGAGCAAUUUGUAUGAGAUGUGUUGUAGAUUAGUUGUUCUUCCUUAUAAACUUUUAUAUUAUCACUUUUUUUUUUUUUUUUUUUUUCAAAUAUACUUUCAUUAAUCUUAAAACAGAUAAUUUUCCUUUGCAAUCAAAUAGUUAUGCUUUUACUUUGCACCCAAAGAUGCACACUAUAUAACAAAGGGAGAGUUCAUAUAUGCAUUACCUGUUUAUUGACAAUGAUGUUAUUACAUUCUCUCUCUCUCUCUCUCUCUCUCUCUCUCUCUCUCUCUCUCUCUCUCUCUCUCUCUCUCUCUCUCUCUCUCUCUCUCUCUAAGUUUUGCAUGUUCAAGUUCAGUAAUGUAUUCAUUGUGGACAAUUGGAGUGGCUGAUGGUCAGAGUGGCAUGGGUGAUGUUUGAGGCCCCGUGAAGUGUGCAUCUUUGCUACUUCAUCCUGUAAUAAGGGUUUGCAUUUCCGUUUGUCCUGUAUAGUGGCAGUAAUAGACGAAUCUCUAGUGUGCAACGUGUAUGUGUUUGGAGGCAUUAAGCAAUUUAAUCUUUAUCAAGGUCUUAACAUGGAACUGCUGCUAUUGGAUAAAAUUCCCAGAUUCUGCUUAGUACCAUGUUCAUAAUGAAUCAUUGUAUGUAUCAUGACAUGUAAUUAUCAAUCACAAUAAAUUUGAAAACAAUCAUACCAAAAAA